AAUUUUGCACGAUAUAUAUAUAUAUAUAUAUAUAUAUAUACUUUUUUUUAAAAUUUAAAUUUCUAAGUGGAAUUUGUAAUUGAGAUUUUAAUUUAUUUAAAAAUAAUAAUUUUAAAUAAAUCAGUUUAAUUUUAUGUAUAUUUUUUAAUGAAUAAAAAACAUAAUAGAAUGUAUAUAGAGUUUAUAAAAUGCAGAUGUGAGUGACCCAGUGAAGAAAUUCUUUAAGUAGAGAGUGGGAUGAAUUUAAAGCUUGUUGUACCUUCAAAUAGGAGAAAAAAAAGUGCGACGACAGUGUAAUUCUUAAACGAGUCUGUUUUGGAACUUCCAGACGGAGACGCUUAAAAAUAUUUUUAUAUCGUGUAGGAGUAAGUGAAUUCGUUUGGGUGUAAUUAGCAUUUAAUUGACACUGGGUCGACAUGCAUUUUAAUAUUUAGUGGAUAUAGUGUUUGAGCCUUUGAGUGUUUUGUGAUUUUUUUUUUGUUCUUCUUUAUGUGAAAAGUGCAGAAAUUAUUUUCAAUAAUGGCUUUUUCUUUUACUUUUCAACGAUUUUUCUAUUAUUCCAAAGGAACUCGAAAUUUCUCAAAUGUUGGAUUUGUAGGAUUAGGACAAAUGGGAAGUAGAAUGGCAAAGAAUAUUUUAAAAAAGGGACAUAAAUUGACAAUUUUUGAUAUUAAUAAAAAUGCUGUUAAAAAAUUAUGUGAAUCAGGAGCAACAAGUGCAGAAAAUGCUGCGGAAGUUUCACAAAAUUCCGAUGUAAUAAUAACAAUGUUACCAUCUAAUAAACAUGUUUUAGAUUGUUACAUUGGCGAAAAAAGUAUUUUAAGUUCUGCAAAAAAGAAUACACUUUUAAUUGAUAGCAGUACAAUUGAUCCAUCUAUUUCUGAAACAGUUGCUCAGGAAGCUGAAAAGAAACAUGUGAGAUUUAUCGAUGGACCCGUUUCUGGAGGAAUAAAUGCGGCUGAAAAUGGAACUUUAACUUUUAUGGUUGGUGGUUCAAAAAAUAAUUUUGAUGAUGCAAAACACAUUUUUGAAGCAAUGGGAUCGAGAAUUGUUCAUUGCGGUGAAAAAAUUGGAAUGGGUCAAGCUGCUAAACUUUGCAACAAUAUGCUCUUAGCAAUUAGUAUGAUUGGUACAGCUGAAGCUUUCAAUCUUGGUCAAAAGUUGGGAUUGGAUUCAAAAAUAUUAGCAGAAAUCGUUAAUUCAAGUUCAGGAAGAUGUUGGGCUUCUGAAGUUUACAAUCCAGUUCCAGGACUCAUUCCAAAUGUACCAAGUAGCAAUAAUUACCAGGGAGGAUUUGGAUCAGCGUUAAUGGUCAAGGAUUUGGGAUUAGCUCAGGAUGUUGCAAGUAGAAGUAAAACGCCAAUUUUACUUGGCUCUUUAGCUCAUCAAAUUUAUCUUGCAGUUAUAUCGAAAGGUUUUGCUGAUAAAGAUUUCAGUGUGAUUUAUCAAUUUUUAAAAGAGGAUAAAAAUAUUUAGUCGAAAAAUUCUCUAAAGAAAAUUAAUAUUUGUUUCUGUUAUUAUUAUUAUUAUUAAAUUAAUUUUAAUUGAAAUUAUCCAUUUUUAUGUAGAAUUUACAAAAAAUAAAAAUAAUACUUUAGAAACAAA